GAGUUCAAGCAGCUGGAGAAGAACGACCGCCUCCUCAAGGAGAAUCCGCGCCGCUGGGUUAUGUUCCCGCUGCAGUACCCAGAAGUCUGGGAGAUGUACAAGAAGCACGAGGCAUCUUUCUGGACCGCAGAAGAGAUUGACCUGGCACAGGACAACAAGGACUGGGUCAAGCUGAACGAAGGCGAGCAGCACUUUGUGAAGCACGUUCUGGCAUUCUUUGCCGCCUCCGAUGGCAUUGUGCUUGAGAAUCUGGCCGCGUCGUUCUCCACAGAGGUGCAGAUCCCGGAGGCAAGGGCGUUUUACGGCUUCCAAAUUGCCAUGGAAAACAUCCACUCAGAGACCUACUCGCUUCUGAUUGAGCAGUACAUCAAGGAUCCUGCCGAGAAGGACAGCCUGUUCGACGCAAUCCACACCAUGCCGGCAGUGCAGCAGAAGGCUCUUUGGGCCGUCCAGUGGAUGAACCGGGAGAGCAGCUUCACCGAGAGACUGGUUGCCUUCGCUGCUGUCGAGGGCAUCCUCUUCAGUGGCUCCUUCUGUGCCCUCUUUUGGCUGAAGAAGAGAGGCCUGAUGCCAGGCCUGACCUUCUCCAAUGAGCUCAUCUCUCGCGAUGAGGGCCUCCACGCAGACUUCGCCUGCCUGCUCUAUGGCAUGCUGGAGCACAAGCUUCCUGAAGAUGUUGUGCAUGAGAUGAUCCGCGGAGCUGUCGAGGUGGAGCGAGAGUUCAUCUGCGGGGCCCUCUCCUGCGAUCUCAUUGGCAUGAACAAGGACCUGAUGACUCAGUACAUUGAGUUUGUGGCCGACCGCCUGUUGUCCGCCCUGGGGCACAGCAAGAUCUUCAAUUCCACGAAUCCUUUCGACUGGAUGGAGAUGAUCUCCCUGCAGGGCAAGACCAACUUCUUCGAGAAGCGUGUUGGAGAGUACCAGAAGCUAUGCUUUGCUUGGUGCAAGGUGUAG